UCACGCAGUCCUGUCUGCCAGCCAAAUCAUUUACAUCACCAUUACCAUUAGCAUUGAAUAAUAAUCAAUGGCGUCUUCUGACGAGGAAGGGGAGGAGUACUUGUUCAAAAUCGUGAUAAUCGGCGACUCCGCCGUGGGCAAAUCCAAUCUGCUGUCGCGUUACGCCAGGAAUGAGUUCAACCUCCACUCCAAGGCCACCAUCGGGGUCGAAUUCCAGACGCAAUCCCUCGAGAUCGACGGAAAGGAGGUUAAGGCUCAGAUUUGGGACACCGCCGGACAGGAGAGAUUCCGAGCCGUCACAUCGGCGUACUACCGCGGCGCUUUCGGUGCUCUCGUCGUCUACGACAUCAGCAGACGCUCCACCUUCGAAAGCAUUCCCCGAUGGCUCGACGAGCUCAAGACACAUUCCGAUACAACAGUUGGUAGGAUGCUCGUGGGGAAUAAAUGCGAUCUAGAGAAUAUCCGGUCUGUGAGCGUGGAGGAAGGCAAGACUCUUGCAGAGUCGGAGGGGCUAUUUUUCAUGGAAACCUCUGCCUUGGACUCGACAAAUGUUAAAAAGGCUUUUGAAGUGGUCAUCCGCGAGAUAUACAAUAAUGUGAGCAGGAAGGUCUUGAAUUCUGAUUCUUACAAAGCAGCAUUAUCCGUCAACCGAGUCUCCAUUGUCAAUGAUGGCAAAGAUGAUGAUGAUGAUGAUGAAGAACACAAGCCCGGCAGGAGAUCCUCUUCUUGUUGUUAGAGGUCAGACUGAAUCCAUUAUCAAUCCUUUCCUUUGAUCUAUUUAUCAAUUUGUUGCUUCUUUCAUUAGUUGAACUUGAACAAACUCAUCUCUACUCUCAAAAUUUUUCUUUGUUCUUGAAUUGUAAAUUAUGUGUUUUUGAUUGUCAUACUCUACUCAUCAUACUUAUUGAGUUUGUGCUUUUUCU